AUGGUUUCCAUCACCGAACAAAAGUAUGAAAUUGGUCACUUAAAGCAGCUGCUGGACGGCAACAAGAUUGUCUAUACGGAGGUGGACUGUAGCCUCGAGGAGAACCGUGACACACGUAACCUCUACUUCCAAGCAAGCGGUAUCCGUGCCAACUAUCCACAGGUCUUUCUGCAGGAUCCGGAAGGCAAAAAGAUUCAAUACAUUGGCUCUUUUAAGGAGAUUCAGGAGCUGAACGAGUUGAAUGACGUGGCGCCUGAAAUCAUAAAGGCCAACAAUCUCUUGACCCUCGAUAGCGUCUUUGCAGACGUUAUGAAACGAGCUUGA